AUGAGAGUCGUUAUCCAGAAAGUAAGAAGUGCUUCAGUAACCGUUGAAGAAAAAGUAAUAUCCUCAAUCGGUAAAGGAUUAAUGAUCCUAGUUGGAAUUUCCACAAAAGAUACAAUGGAAGAUGUAAACCGACUCUCCAAAAAAAUCCUAUCACUUCGAGUAUUUGAAGAUUUAUCCCAACCUCCAGAAACCGCCACAAAAUGGUAUGGAAAACCUUGGGCAAAAUCCGUGAUUGAUAUUCAAGGUGAAAUUCUUUCUGUAAGUCAAUUCACCUUAUAUGGAACCAUUAAGAAAGGUACUAAGCCUGAUUUUCAUAAGGCUGCAAAGGGACAUCAUGCAGUAGAAUUAUAUGGGGCCUUUUUGGAAGAAUUGGCAAAAGGAUUAGGAGAAGAAAAGGUUAAAGAUGGGGAAUUUGGAGCUAUGAUGGAUGUUGCGUUAGUGAAUGAUGGUCCGGUUACUAUUGUUUGGGAUACACUGGAUCCAAUGUUUUAG